GUGAACCCACUAUCCAUAUCAAAAUCUCAACUGCCUCUCAGUUCUGUAGCCACUUACUUCAUGAAUUCGUGAUGAUGUAUAACUCAUUUUUGGUGAUCUAAUAUUAAUUGAGCAGUGGCUUUACAUUUACUUUUGAAUUACAACUUAUGCAUGGCAUAAUAGUAGACGACAGUGAUAUGCUAACCGGAACCUAACAUGUAGUUGGAAUGAUUUCCAUUAUGUCUUAGAUGGUAGCAAAUUAUACGGGUGUUAGUACGUAAUGUUUGAUGUUCACCAUAAAGGAUAUGUAACUUGUGAGUAGUUGACUGCCAGGAAUUGUUAGCAGUCAACAUACGCAGUAUGAACAAACCAUGGACAAGUUUGUAGUCCGAAUCCCAAAAAAAACAGGCGAUGAUGCAAACGAUGAGGCAUUCCUUAAGAGGUCGUUGCAGGGAAAAAAAAAAAGUCGGCGUUCUCAGUUCCGACUUAAGGAUCUUCAGGGCGUUGUGAUACUUGAAGAUCUGGAUGAAGCUAAGAAAAUUCUUUCAAAUCCGACAAGUAGUGACGAGCUUCUCGAAAAGACUCUGCGACAACUCGCCAAAAAAACCCCAGGUCGUGAUAUCCUGCUGAAGACUAGCGUUGGAAAACCCGUACGUCAGCUUCUUUCACACGAAAACCUUUCUGUACGAACUGCUGCCAAGCGCGUUUACGAUCGUUGGAAGGAGCAUAUUCUAAAUAAAGCAGCUUUGCAAAAACAGGAAGUUCGCUUCGAUAUCGAAUCCCAAAGGUUGCGGGAUAUUGCAAAGAGAUGGUUUUCGGAAGCGUUGUCAACAACAAUAGACGACACAGUUGUUAUAGCUCUUGAACAAGAAGUUUUCGCCCAAUGCAAGCGAAUUCUGAAUGCGCCCUACAGAAGGAGUUGUCGCCAAAUAGCAUAUAAAUUACGUACUGACGUUAAUCUUCAAAAUAAGCUUGUCUCUGGAAAUAUGACCGUGGAAGCGUUUGUAAGAAAGCACAAGUCGUCAUAAUGAAUAGUUAGUCAGCUUAAUGUAGAUGAAAACGUCGAUCUAGUUUAAGCAAAUCUGUACACCAUUACUGCAUUGUAAAAACUGUGAGCGUUUUCUUACUGACAAUAAGUAAGACGUAGUGGCUGAACAAACAUCUAGGUCUAGUAGUCAACGAUUUUGCAAUAGUGGGUGUUUUAAGCCUUAGGUGUAGGUUUACCUCAGUGUUGACAAAUGUGGGAUUUAGUUCAACGUCAGCCAGGUGUCUAGGGUACUUACGCAAGACUUGCACUGUUUCUAAUUCUUAAUAUUUCGGAGAUAUAAAAAUCAAAAUUAGUAAGAAAAAGUAUUUAGUUCGUAACAGUUCAACUAACUAAUUCAUAUGUUAACUUGUUUCUACGAGAAGUACAACGUAUUGACUGUCUUUAAUUAAUGAAAUGAUGAAUUUCAUGAUUUAUAUAUAAAGACAUUACCCAGAUGCUUCAGUGGCCCAGAUUUAGCUUUGGAUAUCCGUCCCGAAGCUAAAGUCGGAAACUAAUUUUUUUCGGAAUUCUAGCGGAGCCUGUAUCAACUACAAACGUCUCUUCGACUGCGCUGUGUAUAAUAGGUUUACUCCAGACUGAUCUAUGAUCGAGAUACUAAUCACACAAAUGGAAUUCAAGAUUAUAGACUUUGAUGUAUAGGUUCGAUAGAAAUUCACGAAAAUGUUAUUCAAAUAGGCGCCAGUGGCUAAUAGUUAUUCCAAAUAUAAAUAUUCGAACCAAUUGUGAUAGACUGACAAUAGAUCCAAAACAAACUCAAAGAUCUAUUAAUAAAAAAAGAAUAUCUUCAUUAUUACGAAGUCGGAAGGGCUCUAUGCUAAAUAUAACCAUCUGCUUUACUAUGUAAGCAACACUGACCAAAGUAAUCGAAAAACGUGCGAGUAAAAAUCACAAGGGAGAGCAGAAAGCUUAGUAAGACUCUUCCACCUUAUGCAGCUCCAAUUUUUUUUUAGACAGACUCAGAACUUGUUAUUUUAUUGCCCCCAGAGCAAGCAUAGCGUUUCGAUGAUCUUUAGCAAUUUGAGUAAUUAAUGAAAUUGACGGCCUGCAACUAUUGUUCUAUUCUGUUAUCAUACGACAGAGCUAGAUGUAGUUUAUGUAACACACCUGAGAGUAAAUGACCUUAAGAGAGGAAGCUAAAAAAGAAAGCACAAUUUGCUCAGUUGAAUAUUCUGAAUAUCCGUCAAAUGUAUGAAUUCUCUUUACAAUUUCCUUAGCAGUGUUCAAAAAGUAAGAUGGAUGGACAAAAUGCGCAUGGUUAUCCUUAACAAAAAUAUUGAUCAUCUAAGCCUUUUGUCACGGAAGUAACUUAUGGUCUUAACUUAAGGUGGUAACUUAAGGUCUGAAUAUUCGUAAUACAAGCCUUGGAUUAUGAUCACUUCUUAAUAAUGCAGUAGCAUUUUCAUGGCUUCAUUGAUAGGUUCAGUAUACAUAGAUGAAAAAAGACAUGACAGACAUACUUCAACUAUUUUCUUUAUUGUUAUUCUAUCUGUUGUUAUUUGUGUGCAGACAGUUCAUUUGUUUCCUUAAAUUGUGACAAUUAGUGAUGGUGAUACAUAGAGCUCGCCUUGCGGUUCCACUAGAAUGAGCUUCUAUUAGAAGUUCAUUAACAGGCUCUUAGUCGAGAGGCUGUGCGAAGGACAGAAAUAGGUCUGUGAAGGAUAAGUGCUUUGAUGAAGAUGAUUGAAAAUUUGUUGAUGGACAAGUUACGUACGUAUUUCAAAAAUGUUCCUUCCAUGUGUAACUGUUCUAUAUGACCUUUUCGUAUUUAAGAAAUUGGUUUAUUUUCUGAUAUUAGGUUUCACCGAAUGAAUUCAACAAAUUGAUUGGGAUGACUUUGAUGUUGGCUGACGUUUUUCAUAAUGGCAAUUGAUCGUUGACCUAUUAGCGAUAGUGACCUUCAUGGCUGUGAGCGUCUUUUUGCAGUUUUAUUAAGUCUCACAUUCCUCUCUCCAUUUUUUUAGUUUAUCGUUCAGCGAAAAAAUCGAUAGCCUGUGGUUCUCCCUUCUGCUUAACAGUGGCCUUGGAUCUCCAGGGACCAGGAGGGUAAUGGGAAGAUCAAACUGAUGACCAGUUUGUAUUGGUGUCAGAAUCAUACAAUAUCUAUCGAUGACGCUGCAAGCAAUUUGAAAUUGGCUACGUUUAUGUGGGGUCAUAUGUGAAACCUGCGUUCAUCGCACAGGGCAUUUUUAAGGGGAUCAUAAAGGGAAGACAUGAUAAUUUCGUUUGUCUCCUUAAACCAAUCAGUCUUAGAUAACCAUUAAAAUGUCUUUCUAUUCCGUUUCGCACGUUAAAUUCUACAACAGCCGCGUAUAGGGCAAUUGUGUUACUGUCUACGGGGCGUGCCAUGGAAAUAGUUUCGACGACUUUGAAUGCAUGAAUACUAUGUAAGUCCUAAUAACAUUGUAUGGGACAAUAUAGUUCAAUUGAGAAAAGCGCUGUUAUGUUUCAAGAAUUUCUUAAUCCCUCCUUGUUUAACUUCCUUAUUUUGUCUACCAGGACUCCGUUUUACGUUAUGUCAUAAAUUUUCAUAAAUUUAUAUGGAAACCUAUCGAAUACGACGGUUUCAUAUAGAAGAUGCGUUUCAUAUAGAACGUCCUUGAUGUACUGACAUCAUAAACAUUUGAAUCCAUCAAAGAUGACUCAAACACGGGCCUCAAACAUUAGUCGACUACACAGAUAACGGGUGCUUAGUUUAGUUUAAAGCUCAAGUAAAAGACUCGGUCAUCUUACGAUUAACGACAGUGCCCAUCUUUGUGGGGUCUAUGCUAAAGCUUAUUUCACCGAACUCCUGUAAUGUUACUCGCAGUAUCCGAGAGUUCAAGAUGGAUUUUGGUGUAUUUACGUAUUGAUGCUUGCGAUUUACACAAGUCUCGUUUGGUUGUGCAUAUAUGCCCAUAUUAGUAGAUACGUACUGACCGACAAACAUCUCUGCCAUUUGGUAUUAUUAAUGUUUCUUUUUUAGACAUCAUAUGCCUUUGUCGUGUAAGUUACUACAUGAUUUCAACGACUUGUUUACAUCGGCUGCAUAUAAGCUGCGUUACCAUUCGUAUUGGCUUACUACCAGUUUGAUAUUAUCCACUCCGGUGUUUCUCGAUUAUCCAAGUGCUGGUUUAAAACCCGCCAGUGACAUAUUCUACACGAUAAAUGGUAAUUGAAAUAAAAUUAUCCAUUUUAGUGAGUAUAAUAUUAUCCGCUCCACUUGUCGACUUGCUUCUUAUCUUAGAUAUAUUAAAAGCUUCCUGCUACUACCGCUACGACAAAUGCCUAAGCAGAUCUUGUCGAUUCAAUCGAUUAUUUUCAAUUUUCGUGUACUCACCUGGAUAUGGCAAAAUGUCCGGCUUCAUCGCCCGAUUAUCGCAUUAUCCGAAGCAAUUCUCUUUGAUGUUUGGUGGUAAUUGGACUGGUGGUUUGCCAGUGACACUCGUGCACGUUAUUCAUGCAACCGUUUUAAUUUCACACAGCCGAUAUAAUUGCUCUCCUGCGCCUUGCUUACAGAUAAUAGCUAUUUGAUCUAUGUAUAGGACGCGGUUGUUGUGAUAUCGUGGCAUUACAAUAUAUAAUAACAAUAAUAAUAUCGAACAUAGUGUCUAAUAAAUCAGUGUUCAGUUAGCGAGAUUUUUCUGUCGUGUUGUGAACAGCAGUUUUCAAGCACCAAUAGCUGCUCACAGUAGAGCAAAAUGUGGCAGCUAAAUUAGACCUGUCCAACGGAACAACCGCCUCACUUUGAAGCGAGGUGCUGACGCUGCCAGGCUGAAUACAUAAAGAAAGUACAAAAAGAGGCUUGUUAGUUGAGCAAAAGUAGCUAACGGUAAGUAUUGUGACAUUAACACUGCUGUUAUGAUUCCGCUUCCGACAAGAUAUAAUAUGAUUAUAGUAGCAAUGUAGUUGAAGCUAAUAUGGUUAAUACAGUCGCUAUGAUAAUUAUAAUUAGUAUUGUUAUUAUUCUCCUUAAACGGUAGUAAUAGUGAACGCUUAUUAGUCUUAGCUGCAGGCGAUCGUCAAGAUUUAAUUAGGAUAAAAAAAAAAAGACAGACGAUGCUUUUAUUAUUAUGGAGACGAAGAUAGUAUACAAAUGUAUCGGCAACAGUUGCUGGUUGCUUUUUUGCAAUAAUUCUUUACGUAGUUAUGGCUGUAGUAACUGUUGUUCAUUAUGCGGUGGUUGUGUUGUAAAGUUUGGAGCGUGAUUGUUGUUAUCAUUAUUAUUGCAUAGAGUUACCAAAAGUGACGGAACAGAGCGGUGCACGCCGGUACCGAUAUGAGUCUUCUCCAUUUUAAAGUUGCUUUUCUACUUCCUAACUUUCCUAACCCAGCCUAUUGACGAGUGUGGUCGCCAUUCUAAUCCUCAUUAUAUUGUUAAUGUGAGAUUAUUAUGAUUAGCAUCACUUUCUAAUUAUUAUCGCUUCAUAUUUGCAGUAGUCAUUUGUGAUAAUCGCGUUAUCAACUUUACAACAGGCUAAAAUAUCAUUACCAUAGUAAUAAUAAUAAUAAUGAAUGUUGUGACAUACAUGUGACGUACACUGUGGCUGGUGGUAAUUAGUUGCAACUGGAACUACAUCAACCGGUUCCCGGCGCGGAGUAAGAGCAGUGACUUAAUUAUUUUUAUUACAGAGUAGUAUUUAGUUGUAUUAAUAAUAAUAAUAAUGCUACUAAUAAUAGUAACAAUAGUAAUAAUAGUCAUAGUUGUAGUAGUAAAAGAUUUACUUUGUGACAAUGUGAGCGGGCUUUUCGUAUCAUUACUGUUCCUCUUCUAUUUUGUCGGGCCGCGUAUUAAUUAAUUGAAUAUUGAUUAGCACAGCAUCUUCCUCUCGCUUUCUCUCUUUCGCGUAGUAUUUUUCCUCUUUCUAUUUAUUUUAUCGCAAUGGUAUACAAAAGCUAGCACGACGAAACGUACAAAUCUAAUUAAUCCAGUAGUACCAACUAUAUUAUGUGAGUAAUAUAUGCAGGUAUUAUCAUGCAGGUUACGUUAUUCACGAAGUUUAUACGACGAUUUCUCUAUUCGUCGUAGUUGAGCGUUUCCGGAGUGAGUCAGUGAGUUAGUCAGUCAGUGUGUGAAUAUUAGUUAGAUAUAAUGGUUAGUUAAAUUCGCAUCGGUUGGUUGAAUCGUCGGCUUGCUGAAUUAACUGGAGAACAGUUAUGAUUGUUUGACUGAUCUUGAUGGUUAUUGAUUAUCAUCCUUGAUUGAUUGCCUGAUUACUUUAUCGAUUCACUGGUGCUCUCGAUAUAUGAGCGUCCUCGGUAGCUUGGCGAGUUACAUUGCUGUCGAUGGAUUCGGCUAUGAAGGCCUGCCGUUUAGAAGUGUGAAAAAAAGGAUAAAAUGUCCGUUUAGGAGUUAUCUUGGCAAUGGGUCAGAAAAGGACGAACUGCAUACACGGGUUUGCAUUAUAUUGCAUUGCAUAUCAAAAUGAAAUCAUACCCUAUAGUAAAAUUAAAUUGGGAAUCGAAUAUAGACAACAAUAAAAGACGAUCGAUGCAUUAAGUCCGAUCAUUUUUUAUCUUUUAGAACAAAAACGUAUUAAAGAACCAAAAAAUAUAAUGAAAUUACCCCGUGAAAUCAAGACUGUAUCUUUAAUUAAAACCACGACUGUGGAAAAUUAAUGUUUCUGUGUUAUGGGACACGAGGUAGAGUCUCAGUUUCGUUUUCAAGAAUAUAAUAAUCACAGAAACGGCGGUACUGCAUACGCGUGAUGCGCUUAGAUGGGAAAAUUUUCGCAAAUGCAAACGUGCAAUGGUUUGGAUGCAUGGAAGAAACUUGUGGAAGGAUAAGAGGCUUAAACAACAAACAUUGGAUUUUAUGAAGGAAUGACGAAGUCUUUUCUGUUUGGGUGCACACAACUACUGGAUAUAAGAAUAGUAUGCUGACGAAUGUCUUACCGUUAUGCUGGUGCUUCAUUCGUGAUAAUAUCAGAAUAUAAUUUUAUUCAUCGAGUCAACGCGACUUUUCGAUAUCAAAACACUUGUCAUAGUUUGGUUACAAAAAUAGACCUCUUUCACAUAGAUGUUUUCCACGGGUUCUAAAAUAUCCUCAUAGGUCCUCCUUGGUGGAUGGCUGCGAUGUCUCUCUUCUUUAUGGAAAAUUCUAUUUCACAAUUCACAUAAAAUUCAGGGCUUGACUGAAUUAUACGAUCAUAGAGAACUAUAAUUAUGUAACGUGAUUUCGACCUGUGUCAACUUUUGUUUUAGGAUUAGAUUCGUCUUAUAUUUAAGGUAAUUAAUUCUUAUUGUGUUUAAUUUAUCAUAAGGCCUAAUUCGACAUGGAUUUGCAUUAAGGCGGAAAGAUAUUUACACUAUCCACUAUAAGCCUAAUGCAUUGGCCUAGCAUACCAUUGAUCCUUAAGCAACUGGUUGAACAUAUAUUUGAUAUCGUUUUAACUUAAUUGAUACAAGAUAGGUUCCAACAUAAAAUCUUCAUUUAUGACUUACAAAAGUGACUUUAACAAUUUAUAUUGAAUGUAACUUGUCUCUUUGAUUAAAAUAGCCGCUCGGUAUUGGGUCAAUAACAUGAAUACGAUUGAAAUUAAUCGUUUCGGCUAGCUAUGGACCGAUAUUUCGACACUGAAAUUGAGACUAAUUGGCAACAACAUUGAUUCAGUGAACUACCUAUAUAUACGGUAGUUUCUACCCCAAUACAUCUUUUGAGGAACAUCGUUGAACCGCAAUAUGACCUUCAGUUUAUAAAAUGAUAUGCGUUGCUCAGAGUAUUAUAGAUUAAGUUGUCUAAAGACUUCAAAUUUGCAAAACUAACUAAUAGAACUCCUCUUAUUAUUAUAAUAAGCAGCGAAAAAAAACUGUCACCAGGUAUGGAUUUACAUAAUCUCAAAUAAGAUGCUUUCAAGGUUGCAAUUCCAUCUGCUUGGCUUUUCCAGCGCUUAAUGUGGCUGAGCCGUUCGCUGCUAACAAGACCGUCAGG